AAUAUAGAGAUAUCUCUUCCGUGUAUCAAGGUAUGAUCCGAUAAUAAACGACAAUCGAGCUAACACAGUCAUUUGCGGUAAUGUAUACGAAUAAUUCUGAGAUUCGUUUCUUUGUUUGUCAUGUUUCGGACGAAAUCUCUCGUUGGCGCACCUAGGGGGAAAAAAAACCUCUAUGCUCAGACGCGUGCUGUCAAAAGCUGAAAUUCGAAAGGCAACUACGACCAUAAUGUUUUUGUCUGGAAGUUGAUGUCUUCUGUAGUAAUGACAGGUGACCGGUUAUUGCCUACCUGUAAACUCAAUUGUGUAAUUAUUGGUAUACAGGCGUCUGGAUCAACUUGGGUUUUUUUUUAUCGGAAGUUGUUGAUUGCGUCCAAUGACCGGACCUGGUAUGCUUGUCGGAAGUAUACCUGUACUUUAGUGGAUAUUGUGUGAUUAAAAUAAACGUUUAGCGAUAAUGACAGGAAAGGGAACCGGACAGACGUGACGUGGAAAUAAAAGUGUCAAUUGUUUUCUUUCAUUUGGUUUUUUUUCAGAAGCACAGAUUCAUGGUGGAUAUGGCUCAAGAGGAAAAUACAUGCACGUGCUCAACACGUUUAGUGGUAGGAUGUUCGAGAGUUGUAGGCUUACAUAGCGCACACCGUGGUGGAUUGAUAUAGGUCCACACAAUGCUCAUGGUUGACGGGAAGAGUGAGAGGGAAUGCGAGAUCUUCUGAUCACUGAAAUUGUGCCACCGACAUUAUGAAUCACUUGCGAAUCAGUGCUGCCCAUACAUCGGUAAUAAACCUCUUCAUCACUCCACAUGCCAGUUCUGUCAUGCCGGUUUAACAUUUGCUAUAAAAUCUAGUGUUGCAGCCGCUAGAACCGGCCGUGCAGAGCGUUAACCGGUUUUAGUUCAGAGACCUUACAAAGAGUGUGAUAUACAUCAGGAUGAAGCCUCCUUUAGAUACCUACCAGCAUCCCUUCAAGUCUUCGGCCAGGAGAUUGCCAGACAUAGCAGAGAUCCCCAGUCAGGAUCAACAUGACCAAUACGUCCCCUGCAGAUGCUACGGGUUCACCGAACACUGUCCGAUGGGAGAUCAUCAGGACUCGAAGACCACAUCUUCAAGCGCGUCAAGAGCACCUAACAGAACUUCACUGAUGCCUCUGGGCCACUAUCACAUCAGUAAGACCCACACCAGGACACAUGCUAGAGGAGCAGCGAAAUUUGUCUUGACACUCAUUGUUGUUGGUGUUCUUAUUGCGGUCGUGUCAGCCAUGGCUUACAGGGUGGCUUCGUUGAGUAACACCCAAGCACAUCUCCUGGAACGGGUGACAUUAUUAGAACACAGACUGGCCGAAGUUGACGAGGCUUGUGAGUGUGGGAGGGGGGCAACUAAAGGGGAACGUGGACAGAAAAACCUCAGUAACGGGGAAAGACGAAAUAACAAGUUCGCUUUUAUUAUGACACAAGGUCAUGCAAAACUCUUAGAAGGAGAAACAGAGCCGAAGCCGGUUGAAGACCUGAAUCCACUGCAUGAACUGAAAGAGGUUCUUGAUACAGUAACACCAGAGAUUCAUCCGAAAGUCCUGAUCAGACUCGAGGAGGCAAGGAGCACCUUGGCACCACCGCAAACACGAGACCCUGCGAGCACCAACCCCGCAUCAUUAGAUGACACACGCGCACCUCCGAAAAGGAUGCCUGUCAUAUCACAACACAGCGAGAGAACGGGCAGGUUUAAAAGAGGUAAUAGAAGAAAGGGGAGACCCCGUGAUGCACAGGAGGAGACACCAAGGGCAAGAGCUGCCCCGCGACCAGGAGACUCGGAAAGUAAUUCUACCGAGAUAAAAGGCGUCCAUUUCCAAGCCAAUCUCAAUCGCACUACCACAAUCGGCGUAGCUGGCUGGGUCCCUUACUGGGCUCUCUCAUCAUCUAUACUGAAUGCCGGCUCCUCUGACCGCAUGGAUGAAAUCAAGAGCGAGUUUCGGCUAUCAGCACGAGGUAAUGUGACGGUACGCACUCCAGGGCUUUACUACGUCUAUAGCCAGAUGAUGUACUACGACCCGAACGAGUACAUCGGUCAUAGCAUCGUGAUCGACGGUGUCGAGGCUUUCACCUGCAUUGCCCCGAUCGCGGGGCAGACGAGCAAGUACAAGACGUGCUUCAUCGGCGGGCUCGUCUACAUUCCACCCCGGGCCAAGGUCGGUAUCAAGAUGCUUUACGCUCCUCGUCGCGUCUGCCUCUUCGAAGAUACCAGUUAUUUCGGCAUGUUUAGAGUUACUUGAUGAUUAAACCAGGGUAACUCCAUUUUUCUUUGUUUUAAAGAGGGGUCCACGUUGAGAGAGCCCCUCUCUAAUUCUUGAAGCACGAGUCUAGCCCAGGGCUGCUCCAAUCCUGCCACUGAUGUGUUGUUUAGUGGCGGUUAUUUUACCUGACUGCAAAGAAAGCAUAAUGCUUGUUAGUAAGCAACCAGAGGACCGACGGCUUUAGGUCCACUCCAAGGGACCAAGUUGUCCGUCCUGAUGAUGUGAAGGUCUUAUUGGGCUAUUACAGAAGGAGAAACCAAGUGCAGAAUCAGUUCUUCCGUUUUAGUGAAGGACUUCUUUAGCAAUUGCCUUAUUUGUAUGCAUCAUUUUGUUAACCUUUGACAGGUACGAGACCGAUGACUUUACGUCAUUUCCGAGGGCAUAGGUUGAUGCAGCUUAAAGCCUGUAACCCGCGUUACUAUAGCUCUAAUUUGGUUUCAAGAUCACCUUGUUCACUUAACUAUUCAAAAGAGGAGGCUGUAAUGCAAUGCGAACACUUUUCGACAUCUUUCACUGAACUAUGUUAUGUCAUGCAUUAUGGAAUGAAGUCGAAAAUACAUUUUUUUAUCCACUGACGAGUUUGAUUUAAGGAGACGGCGAAAUUGGAAAUACUUAGAUGAAGUUUUAAGUUUAUGGGGCAUAAGAUGAAUGAAUGAUAAUUCAUGUGGAUGUGUCGCGAUCUGAGAAAUACGCACCAGUCAUCACUUUUCAUUCAAUAGGAUUGAGUAAUUGCAUGCACAUGAAAACAAGUUACCCAUAGUGCACGUGCAGCAAAUGUUUGUAUUGGGUUAAUGUGGAUAGAUGGCCGCCUAGCCAAAAUCUAGAUUUUAAUUUUGUUUUAUGAUUUCUUUUAUUUUUUUUCAAACAGUAGUCGUACAAAUCAAAUCAAAGUAAAUACACAUUACAUCAUUCAGAAGUUAAUUCGUACAUUUACCUUUUCAUCCAAAACGGUGAACAGAAGAACAAUCUUCAAAAUAUACAUACUUUGUUAAUUUUUGUUUUUGAUAAAACAAUUCCUUUUCUCGUCUGCAAUGGAUAUCAAAUUCGUUUUGCCACAUAAAUAAAGAUAAAGCAUAAUAUUUUUCAAUUUCCAAGAGAGGGGAAUAUAACUACCAGAUUCACAGAUUUCGAAUUAAAUGUUGUCUUCACGAGGUUCAUGUGUCCGUUGCGCUAUACGGUGAGGAGUUGUUACAGACAUCAUUUUUUUCUCAGACUUCAAAUUCAUUUCAUUUCGUAAAGGGAAGUCCCUGUCUUUAAACUUUGCAUCAUAUAAAACAAAAUGAGAAUUACUGAAGAUAAACAUAAGCAUUUUGGUGUAAGCGUGUAUGUCCAUUGAUAAGAUUUAUCAAUAAAUUCAUGUGACGUUACAUUUGCCUAAGUGUGUCAUGCAAGCAAAUCAAUCACACCGGCAAAUUAUUGUAAGAACCAUUUUUAACGUCAAUUUUAUUCUCAACAAUGCUUACAAUUAUUUCAAUUGACUGAUAAUUCAACCUAAAUAUAUUUUUUGAAUAAAACAUCAUUACGUUCGUAUAAUUAAUGUUCAUGUUACAAGAUGUUAUUUUGGUAUUUGCAUUAAAACAAAAAAUACAAGCGCUUCUUAGUAUACAACGCCCUUGGUUGCAUAUUUAUGUUUACAUAGUAAUCGUGGACUUGCCUUUGCUAAUAUUAUCUGUGCAAAAGGUCACGGUCAUUAUACAUGUAAUUGUGUGGUGUUUGAGGUAUCUAUUGGGUUGCGUGAUUCUAUUCAUAGAUUUAGUUUGAGAAACGCUGAAGCAUUUUCUCAGUACCCACCAGUAUGCACUGCCAUUGUCUAGCUGUAGAUCCCUUUCUUGUGUUUAAACAAAAUUCUGUGGAUUAACAGCAUACCGUGAUUAGGUCUAGACCCAUUUUUCGUACUUUUAAAGCCGAUGUGUCGCUACAAUAUUUUGAAGUGGGAUACGCGUGGAAUAAACUUGGCAAAAUGUUUGCAGAAAAUCCCACCCACUUCCAAAGUAAGGUCCUUCGACUUCAAAUUUUAUUGAUAGUGACCAUGGAUUAGCUGACAAAAAUCUCAAACAGAGACCAAAAAAAAAGAGAUCCUAUAGCUCCCUAUGAGGGCAGCACAAUUGAUUAAGAGAGUUUGGCCAACCCGGUUCGAGUUAGGCAAGCUUAAACAAAAAAGAGGAUACGCCAUGUUGUAACCAACUGACCUAACUACUUAAAGAUGCCCGAACUCUUCUAAUCAAUGGCACAGGAAUAGGAUAAAGCAUCACACCCUCUAGCGACGCGGCAGAAGGACAUUUUAUGCCAGUUGCGCACAUUUCUGUGGUUGCACACGAGGCGUCAUUCGUGUCAAUUGCGUCACUGGCUGCGCUAAUAAAUCGUAUGGAGGUUAUUAAUGGAUGUGCCUAUGGUUUCACACAGCGUCUGCACCGUUCCUUUUGUAUUCGCUUUCUGUACGAUAUCACUCGGCCAGUGACGCAUCAAAGACUUGCGCAGGGCAUUGAUACAGUCUGCGUCAGCACAUAGCACUUCUUGUUCAACGAGCAUAUACACGAUACACAAUCAAGAAUCAAUUUCUUGAUUCCCAAAAAAUGGGAACAUCUUAAGGUAAACAUGGAUAAUAUGCAAGAAAAUGCAAGGGAUGAGGAAAGGGGGGGGGGGGCCUGCCCGGUUCACAGCUGUGUGUGAUUGACCGGUCUCGACUGCCAUAGACUGCCCACGUCUUCUUGUAUCGUUUUUUUUUGUUUUUG